GCGCGGGGCGGGGAGUGCCCGGAGCGGCCGUGGCGAAAGUGCGGCUGCGGAAGCGCGGCGGGCGCGGGGCGGCGGCGGCCGGGCGGCUGGACCAUGGGCCGCCUGCACUGCACGCAGGACCCGGUGCCCGAGGCCGUGGGCGGCGACAUGCAGCGGCUGAACCAGAUGGGCGCGCAGCAGUUCUCAGCGCUGACUGAAGUACUCUUCCACUACCUCAUCGAGCCCAAAGAGGUGGAACGGUUCCUGGCCCGGCUCUCCGAGUUUGCCACCACUUAUCAGAUGAGCCUCGGCCCCCUCAAAAGUAUCGUGAAAAGCCUCCUUCUGAUUCCCCAUGGGGCCCUGAAGAGGAGUCUCGCAGCCGAGCAGGUCCGGGCUGACCUGCUCACUCUGGGUCUGAGUGAGGAGAAAGCUGUUCACUUUGCCGACAAGUGGAAGCAGACGGCCCCCAGGCUCGCGUACUGGGCGGCGGGUCAGACUCUGACAGUCAACCAGCUUAUCGACAUGGAGUGGAAGUUUGGAGUGGCCUCUGGUAGUAGCGAACUGGAGAAAGUGGGGAGUAUUUUUUUACAGCUCAAGUUGGUGAUUAAGAAAGGAAAGGGAACAGAGAAUGUGUACAUCGAGCUCACCUUGCCUCAGUUCUACAGCUUCCUGCACGAGAUGGAGAGAGUGAGAGCAAGCAUGGGGUGUUUGGGCUGAUUCCCGGCCGCAGGCCCCUCACCCGCCCGGCCCCCUGCCUCCCCCUGGCUCCCAAGGGAGCCAUGCUGCAGAAGUUUCUUCCUGGAAAGCCGAGGGUUAAGUUCUACGAGGCCUGUACAGUGACCCUGGAAACUCUAGGCCUAGGGGCUGCCUCCUCUCUCCAAGACAUUCGUUGGAUAUCCCAGCGGGCUCGAUGGUGAGGUCCAGGGUCCCUGCCAUCUCACACCCUUCCCUCCAAGCAGCCGGAGCCAAGGCUGACACCUGGGCGCCCCCCUCCCCGAGAUCUGUGUGCACACUCCAGGAGGGGCUGGGGUGGAGGUGGGGAACGCGUUUGGCUGCUCUGUGUGAUGCACCCACUUGGCCUGCUCAAAAUGGGGGCUGGGUUCAUCUUCUUGGGAUGAAGUUGGCCUUUCGGGGUGAUUUCGGCCUGUUUGGGUUCAAGCUGACGACCUCUACAGGGGGGAGGA